AUGUCAGACUUCGCUACGACACGAAAAAAAAAGUUGAAGAAAACCUCAAAAGCCCUCGAUCUAAACCACCUCAUCACUGAAAAACAAUCUCAGAUUCAAGGAAAGCCCUCAACCGGACAACGAGACUGGACAGAGAAGUCAAGCACAACAGCGUCCCAAAUUCCUGUCGUUACUCAAACGAUUGACCGAGUUUAUUGUGAUCUAGAUUUAUCGAAUCUAAUGACGAAUUCACAAGGAACAACGUUGGACUCUCAUCCGACUCUUGCACCUCAACCGGCUCAAAUGUCAUCAUCAACAUCGGCCCCAGUGGAAACGGAAGUGAUUUCGGAAGGAUACGUCCUUAACAUCCAGCAGCCGAAUACGGAUAGGAUCAUUAAGGAAGUUUCCGAAAAAGUCAUCGAGCAAGUGAGCGUUAAUGUGCUAAGCUCGAUGGAAGCAAUGCUGGCAAAAACCGCAGCUUCCUUGGAGAUGAAGAUCGAUGCUGCCAUUCGUCAAAGCAACAAUGAGUAUUAUUCAGAAGCUUCAACAUCCUUCCAGUUUUCGCCAGUGGCUACCACGGAUGGAAUAGAUGCAUUGGAAGAGAGUCUCAACGAUGAGUCGUUUGCCAAGCAGUUCUUUGCGCACAUGAAGAAGAAAAUUGGAAACAGCGGCGAUGCGUGCAAUUGUCAGAAUAUUGCUUAUGGAUUGAUUGAUCACUUUUUCGAAAGGAAGGUGAUGCUCGAUUGUUCCUGGACCGGAGAGAGUAAAGGAGGAAGUGCCAACGUGAACAAUACAUUUUCACAAGCGCUGUUGGAGGAUCUGUUCAAAAGAUUCACAAGAAAUGCGAAGAAGCGAAGUGAAACAAAAGGCAAAAGGCAAUCCUCAAUUCAUCGGCGAUCAAAAACAAAAGGUUCUGAGAAAGAAAUUCAUUGUACUCCGCAUACUACUGCUAUCACCACCAAUGACGUACACCGUGCCCCACAGAUAUCUGGUAUCAGCGUUACUGAAGUUCCGGCGCGUCCGGUGGAACUUGGUGGAAGUAAGCGCUCAGAUGUGGUAAAUGUAGACUCAGAUUCACCUAUUCUCAUGAAGAUCGAAGAAGGCGCACUGAAUGUUGCAAUAAAUUCAGAACAUGGAGAGGAUGAAUAUGAGGAGGAAGAAGAAAAUGAAGGAGAAAAUGAAGAGCACGAGGAUGAUGAACAUGAGGACGAAGAAGAAUCGUCGCAAGAGUCCGAAAGUGAUUUUUAA